GCAUCUGAUUUGUCUGAGACGACUUGCAUAUGACGACUGCGCCUUCGUGGAAACCCGUCUUUUCUCGUCCGCCUCGAAUCACCGCCGUUUCCCCUUGCGCGUGGGUUUGGUCCCGCAUAGAAGAAAGCUCGCCCGCAGGAACUCGGUGAACGACCCGCCGCGCCCACACAAAAGUGCUUGUGAUACCCUGACCUUUUCCUUUUCCAUGAGUCAUUUCGCUCAACUAUAUAAUUCAUCAUGUUUUGGCGUUUCGGAGGAUAUGCAAGUAUCUCGAGCAUCGAUACCCUGCUUGACAAGCCCCACGUCAGCCUCGAGGAGCUGUUGGACGAGUCGGAGUUGAUCCAGGAGCUGAAGCAACACAAUACGAAGCUCAUAGAGUAUUUACGAGAUGAUAAUGUCUUGAAACGUCUUAUGGACUAUGUGAUCGCCCCGAGUCUGGUGAACGACGACGAUGACGACGAUGAACCCAACGACAGUAAUGCCGCGCCCGCGUCGAAGGACGCUUCCGCCGACGAGGAGAAGCGGGGUGAUCCGCUGAAGGACCUGCUGGACCCCGAGGACCUGGAGAAGGCGGAGAAGGACCGCCUCAAGAGAGCCUACGUUGCCUGUGAGAUUCUUUCGUCGGAGAUCUGGUCGAUACUCGAGUCGAUCAUGCUCAAUCCCGGCUACCUACGGGAUUUCUGGGGCUUUGUGAGACGAUCGCCGCCCCUGGAUUCGGUCCAAGCGAGUUACUUCACGAAAGUAAACGAGGGCCUAUUCGAUAAGAAGACGAGCGAAAUGCUCGAGUUCUUCAAGUCGCUGGAUGGCAUCAUCCCCGCCAUUCUCCAGCAUGUGGACAACCCGAUGGUCAUGGACCUUCUCCUGAAGAUCAUCAGUCUUGAGAAGGUGGAAGGAGGCCAGGGAAUCGUUGAUUGGUUGAAAACGCAAAACCUCAUACCGAUUCUCCUCUCGUUCUUGUCCACUGAUCGCCCGGCGUCGGUUCAGACCUCGGCGGGCGAUUUCCUCAAGGCGAUCAUCACCAUCUCUGCGAAUGCUACGCAGAACGACCAAUCGUGUAUUGGACCCAACAGCCUGACCCGCCAAUUAGUCUCCCAGCCGUGCGUGGAGAGUCUCAUCAAGGCUAUGCUCCAGGGCGGAAACCCUUUGACGGUGGGCGUUGGUAUUGUCAUCGAAGUGAUUCGAAAGAACAACUCCGACUAUGACCCGGACAAUAUCAAUGGUCCCGACUCCAUGCCCUCCACCUACGACCCCAUCUACCUGGGGAACCUCUUGCGGCUCUUCGCGAAGCACAUCCCGGAUUUCAUGGCCCUCAUUCAAAGUUCGAAGCACACUGUCAGUGACGGCGGGGAGGUCAAGAGCGUGGAAAGAGGCCGGCUCACUUCGGCCUGGGGUGCUAGGAUCGAACCGUUAGGAUUUGAUCGGUUCAAGACUUGCGAGUUGAUGGCCGAGUUGUUGCACUGCAGUAACAUGGGUCUUCUGAACGAGCCGGGAAGCGACGAAUACGUGCAGCAACGCGAUGCUGAACGUGAGCGGCUGGUUCGGGAGGGUGUCUUUAACCCGCAGCAAGAAACCUCUGGUUUCGACGGCAAUGAAUCCACCGCCGACUUCGUCAAUGGGUCCGUCAUCGGCGACGGCUCCCCAGAAGACUCCAAGGUGCUCGAAUCCUCGGCGAACGCCGGUGAAGAUGGAUUUGAGGAUGUAAGCUCCUCGGGCGUCCUUGUUGACAAGGAGAAAGAUGCAUCCGAUGAAAAACCCACCGGUGCUCAGGAAUCGGCAUCCCAGGACGCGACUUCAAAGGCGCAGGAAGAGUCUACUCCAGCCUCUGACCAAGCCGCACCCAAGGCGCCGGAAAACAAGAGCCAGGACCAGAAGGAUACGGAGAUUGCAGACACGACCCAAGCACACACACCUCCAUCCGACCCAAUGUCACCGACAGCAUCAGGGCUUACAGACCGAAUCGGAGAAGUAUCCCUUGACAACCAAACUCCCCAGGAGGCAUCAACGGAGGCGAAGUCUGGGGAAUCGGCAGCCGCCCCUCAGAGCGAUCAGGGCCAGGAACAAGCGUCCGCUCCCAUGUCAUCCAACCCCGAGGCUGUGCCACCACCUCUUUUCGCUGCGAAGUCUCAGAGUCCCGAAGAAAAUAACCCGAGCCCUGAUACUGCUGGCCAUAUCGGUGAUGCAUCGGGUCCAACAGAGUCUGCUGCGCAGUCUACAUCCCAGGAAACCGAGGAAUUCCAGCAUCAUCUACACCCAGAUGUCCAGGUUGAUCCCAAUGGCCGGCCAGUUGUCGGCGACUACCUGAAACUCAUGUUUGUGAAGAAUCGGGUUGUCCCUACUAUUCUGGAUUUCUUUUUCCGUUUUCCUUGGAACAAUUUCCUUCACAAUGUCGUGUAUGACGUCGUGCAACAAGUGUUCAACGGCCCCAUGGAGCGUGGGUACAACCGAGCGCUGGCUGUCAACGUCUUUGAGACCGGUCGGAUAACCCAUGAGAUUGUGGACGGCCAGAGGAGAAGCGAUGCAGCCCAGCGUGCCAAGAAGAUCCGACUUGGGUACAUGGGCCAUUUGACGCUGAUUGCCGAGGAGGUUGUCAAGUUCAGUGAGCGACACCCGCCGGAGUUGUUGUCUCCCACUGUGAUGGAGCAUGUACUGAAUCCUGAGUGGAUUGAAUACGUCGAGCAAACUCUCUCCGAGACUCGUGAGCGUGACAACGCCAUCCUGGGUGGAGUCCGCCCCGACAUGUCGAUUGGAGGUCGCCAAGGCAUGCUCAACUCUGGCCAAAGCAUGAAUGCCUCUUCCGCCCUUGCUGAAGCGGGCCUCAACGGCUCAGCUGGAGGAUCAAACUUCCAGGGAUUUGACAUGAACCAAGGCAGUGUGUCUGGCGGAGCUUUCGGUCUCGGUGGCGGCGCCGGCGGUUCUCUUCUCAGCGGAUUUGCCAGCUCCAGCGAUGACGACGAGGACGAAGAGAUGGAGGACCAAGAAGAUAGGAACUCAGGCGAACAAUCUGCCGAAGGCAGUUCUGAAAAUGUGGGUGAUGAUUUCUUUACUGAUGUUGACAUGCACGACCCAUGAUCAUGAUGAUGACUUGCAUUUUCCCUUUUCUUUUCCUUUUUGACUUUUGUUCCAUUCCCCCUUCUCAAGAACUUCCUUUCCUCUCGUCCGCCCUUUUCUUAACCAAUCUCUAAGCAUUCGUCGUUGUUAUCUCCCGAUACAACGGCUGAGGAAGGGAUGGCACAUGAUA